CUCUUCGUCGCGACAAAUUUGGGGACCGCGAGCCGACCAACAGUCCAAAUCACCCUUCAUCAACAGCAGCCUUUCAAUUCGUCGCGACUUCGCCCAUCGAGCUUAUUUUACGACCACAAUCUUCCUUGUACUCAAGCGCACACCGAGGCGACCUUUGUCUGCUUUGCUCUCUCGACAACUGCGUGUCAGCACCACCCACCCAUCAGCCUCGCACAUUGCGUCCUCGACCGCGAUCCAUCAUGGCGCAGGACCCGAGUGAUGGAAUUGAUCAGGAGCUGCUGAAUCACGCUCAUCUUAUAUCUGCCAAUCAUUAUGCCGACCAGGCGCGUGUUGACCUGAACCAAGUUACUAAAUGGCUGAUGGCUGCACCCCAAGUUGCGAAAGACAAAGCUCCCUUCUUCUGGACCUACCUCGACCGACCCCGCGAUGGCCAAGUGUACCUUACAUGGCAACCCCUCAAGAGGCUUGGAACAAAUUUCGCGAGCGACGGAAUGAUAUGGGGUCCCGAGCAAUACCAUAGACAGGAUGUUGGGAACGGACUGUCUCUCGAAAUUCACUACGUCAAGUCGGGUUUCGUACCCGGCGAGCAGGUUGCCAUGCACGCGCGUCGCAGAUUUCGGCUUGUGCCGUCGCAGACCGGCGUCAUGAACGCGCCGCAACCUGAUAUCAGUCUUUGGAUCGUUCAUUAUGGCUCUUCCGACCCUCCCGACCGCGUUCCGGUCAACCUGAUACCCGUUUCCCAAGAGACCCAGCACAUUAUGGCGACCCGUAAUCAUCUCCAGAAGUGUGGCCAGAUUGCUCGCAAAGAUUUCAUGCUCUCGGAUCGCGCCAGCUGGCCCCAAAUUCAAUUUCCCCGCAACGGUGGACGGCCACAGAUGUAUAACCCGCCGGCACAGUCACGGCGUGUUCCGCAGCAGAUGGCCUAUCCCCCAGCCGGUCCUCAAGGUCGCCGCGGCCGCCAACAAGCGCAGGCACAGGCACAGGCACAGGCACAGCAGCAUCAGCAGGCUCUAGCCCAUGCCGAGCCCCUGCACGACGAUGAGGAGCUCGAGAAAGAUCUUUUUGACCACCUGACUCCUAGGGACAUAUCCUUCGCGCGGUAUCAGCAGAACCACGAGUGGAUGGAGGAAAUUGUGUCUUCCCCUUACGCCCUUAGUCAGAUCGCACCGCCUGAUCUUGGUCUUGGGCUCAAGGGAGAGUUGGCGCCUCUGACUGACGGAAUCUUCUCUGCGCAGAGUGCGAACGCGCUCACCGAACCACCUCAAAAACCGUACAUUGGGCGUCUGGAGCCUGGACUAGCCGAUGAGUUCAGGAAAAGAGUCCAGGAGCAUCUUGAGGCAACGAAGGCCGAGAUGGAGAAGAUGAAAGCGGAACAUGCCAAGAACAUGGCCAGUCUCAAGACUAGCUCGGUAUAUGUAGAUGCCGAGAAGGAUGUUAAGAACUCCAUCCAGGAACGUGGCCCGGAGCCAUGGCGCAUCGAGGGCCACUACACAGAUUCGGACGACAACAACGGGUCAUGGUCGCAAAAGCACAACAAGAAGGUGGACGAGAUCGUGGCCCAGGUUGAAGCCAACCUUGGCCGACAUAUCGAAGUUCUUCAUAAUGUCCACCGAAUACAAGACGGUGGUUUUCAGGAGCCCGCUCCGGAGCCUAUCAAGGAACCUUCACCCGCCCCGCCCCCGGCAAGCUCUCCGGCGCAGGCUGCUGGCGUUGACGCGGGUGCUCCAGGAUCGCGACGGCCAUCGCAGGCGGGCUCCAAUCAUAGCGGGGUGAUGGUGGGUGACUCGGACAUCGAUAUGGGCGGAACUGCGGCAGGACUACUGGAUGAGUUGCACACCGGGUUCUCUGCCAACUCCACUCCGCUGAACAACUUCCCUACGCCACAGACUCACCUUAACUCAACGGCCGGAACCCCUGCCAACGUGAAUGCGCCCUCACCUGCACCGAUUCCUCCAACCAUCCCCGAGGAGACUGGGGCUCCAGCUUCCAAGGACACUUCUGCUGUCCUCGGAGAGGAUGUUCCCAUGGGUAACACAGAAUCGACCAAGGAUGCCUCCGCCACCGCGCCUGACCAAGGAACUGGCAGCGGGGAGUGGGUGGUGGUGCCUAAGGGAGGAACAUCGCCCGAUCCCGCUGUUGCUCCCGGCACCGGCACGACCGAGGGCGACGAACCCAAACCGGCCGCCAAAGCCUCAUCCGCUGCCGGAACGCCAACGGAGACUCAAACCCCCGGCGGCUUUAGUUCUUUGGGCGACCUCGACUCGGCCGGUGAUGCGAUGGCCAGCUACGGGGCGUCCAUAGGGGACGGUUUGGACAUCAACAUGGAAAUGGAGGACUCUGCCUUUGGAGAUGCUUUCCACGGCGUAUCUAGUAAUGACACGCCAGGAAACCAGUCCGAAGGCGGUGCCUAGGUGGAGUAUAUCGGAUCACUGUCCUAGACAAGCUCGGUAGAUGAGCUUCGGACGGAAACGGACUGUAUAUUUAGGCGAGAUGGUGUCUUGCUUAACGUGGCCGACGUGCACAGUUUGCCAUCGCGUUAUGGCUCUUACGUUAAUAGGUGCAACGGCAUGUGCGGUAUCACACGGUUGGUUGCAGAAUGAAACGAUGUUAAGCCCCCCCCAAGCCUUGGAACACAGCACCGAUCCCGUUCAGUGAGCUCACCUGUGCUUAAUGAUGUCCGAUAAUUUGAUUAUCUGAUGUAGGUCGAUGGGUGGACUACUU